CCAAGUCAGUUGCGAAACAAGGCGUUGGACCAAGCUCGCUCUCUCUCUCUCUCUCUCUCUCUCUCUCUCUCUCUCUCUCUCUCUCUCAUGGAUGCAGGCAACAGGGAUAGGGAGGUGGCCACCGAGCUGCUUCCCCACAUCUGCGUCUACAAAGACGGCACCGUGGAGCGGCUCACGGAGUCCCCCUUUGUCCCCCCGUCCCCCCAAGACCCCCAUACCAAUGUUUCAUCCAAAGACAUCACCAUUUCUCAGGACCCUCAGAUCCUCGCUCGCCUCUACCUCCCCCAUCCCUCCCCCUCCCCCUCCCGCAACCUCCCCAUCCUAGUCUAUUUCCACGGUGGCGGCUUCUGCUUCGAGUCCGCCUUCUCCCUCCACCACCACCGCUACCUCAAUGCUCUAGUCUCCCAAUCCAAAGUCCUUGCCGUUUCUGUCGAAUACCGCCUCGCUCCUGAGCACCCUCUUCCGGCAGCUUACGAUGACUGUUGGGCAGCCCUCCAAUGGGUUGCCUCCCACUCUGAACCAGGCAGCUUGAACCGGGAUCCGUGGCUUGCCGACUAUGCAGACUUCGACCGACUCUUCAUUGGCGGCGACAGCGCUGGGGCCAAUAUUGCACAUAACAUCGCCAUGCGAGCCGGCAUCGAAAGCCUGCAGGGCGGCAUGAGAAUCCAGGGGGCUUUGCUUGGCCAUCCGUACUUCUUGGGUUCAGAUCCGAUCGGAUCCAAGGGGACAAGAGAUCGGGAAGAGGAUCUGCCGUGCAGGGUGUGGAAGUUCGUGUACCCGGGUAAGGGGAUUGACGACCCGAUGAUAAAUCCGGUGGGCAGUGGUGCGCCGAGUUUGGGGGGGCUGGGGUGCGGGAGGCUGCUGGUGUGUGUGGCGGAGAAGGAUGUGGUGAGGGACAGGGGAGUGGCGUAUGGGGAGGCAGUGAGGGCGAGCGGGUGGAAGGGGGAGGUGGAGAUGUUUGAAGCGGAAGGGGAGGAUCAUACUUUCCACAUCUACAAUCCCCACUCUGAGAAUGCUAAAUUGAUGAUCAAACGCAUUGCUUCUUUCGUUGAGAAGUGAUUGAUAGUAGGUUUCAUGCAGGACAAUAAAGAUGCAGAGGAGGAGCACUAGCAGAGUACAGAAAUUAAUUGGACUGUGUCCGACUAGUUUAAUAAUUUCUCCAUGUAAUCAUAAUGUAAGCCAUUGUUAUUUUGUAUUGCAAGUCAGAUGCGCAGCGGUUGGAAGACUUGGUGAGUUGAAUUUGAACUCGUUGACUUGAACUCAUGAACUUCCCAAAACAAAA